AGGCCAAUAACUUCGCCUUAUCAGCGCAAGAACAAUAAGGAGAUCCACUAUUCAUUGAGGUCAGAAGAUCAUGGACCCGCGGCCAUCGCAGGUCGUUCUCAUGUUAGUGGGUAUCGUGGGGUCAGGGAAGAGCGCGUUCGCCGAGGCUCUCCAGGCGCACAAUCCGCAAUUCGUACGUGCUAACCAGGACGAUCUUGGGGACCGGCGCGAGGUCGAGCGAGUGGCCCGUGAUGCGCUCAAACGCGGUCUAUCAGUCUGUAUAGACCGCCAGAACUUCGACGCCAGACAGCGUGCAACAUGGAUCGACAUCGCGGGCGAGUUCCCAGGCACUGUGGUCCACGUUAUUGUGUUCGACACGCCGUACGAGAUCUGUAGGGAGCGGUUAGUACGCCGUACCGGGCAUCCAACCGUGCACACGGUGGAGAAGGCGCUAGAGCUCCUUGACCGCUUCACGUCCAUGUACAGGCCACCGGAGCCGCGCGAAGGCUAUCAGCGACUCAUUUAUUUGCGCCCUUCGGACCACGACUCACCGGUGUACACUGGGCCGGAAGUCGAAGAAAUCCUUCGCCGCCUCCGCGACGCGCCACCCGUCGAGCCUCCAGAGACGCUAUGGUCAGGGUGGCAAAAUAGACAGACGUACUAUCCUCCGCAGCACCGCAGGCAAAAUCCAGGGCGCGGCUUCUAUCGCAAUGACUCUUCGCGCCAAUGGCGCUAAAGGCGCCUCUGCCCGCCUCGGAACGCUCCGUACCGCGUACAUCGGCCAGAAGCAGG